GGAAAGAGUUUUACCCAAUUAGGAAGCCUGAAAGAACACAUGAGACUGCACACAGGGGAGAGGCCUUACCACUGCUCCCAGUGUGGAAAGAGUUUUAACCAGUCAGGAAGCCUGAAAGCUCAUGAGCGAAUACACGCAGGGGAGAAGCCUUACCACUGCUCACAUUGUGCAAAGCAUUUUAUCCAAUUAGGAAGCCUGAAAGAACACAUGAGAGUGCACACAGGGGAGAAGCCUUACCACUGCUCCCAGUGUGCAAAGCGUUUUACCCAUUUAGGAAACCUGAAAGAACACAAGAGACUGCACACAGGGGAGAAGCCUUACCACUGCUCCCGGUGUUCAAAGCAUUUUACCCAUUUAGGAAACCUGAAAGAACACAUGAGACUGCACACAGGGGAGAAGCCUUACAAAUGCUCAGACUGUGGGAAGACAUAUUACUCAUCACAGUCACUUAAACAUCAUGUGCGAAUCCACACAGGAGAGAAUAAUUACCUCUCCUAGUGUGUAAAUUUAUAUUUCACAUCACAUUAACUUAAAAUUCAUCAGAGGACAUACACAGUGCUCCAAUUGUCUUAUAUUGUUGCCUGAGAAUGUGUUUACCUGUUUGUACCAUAUUAAAUGAAAUGGUUCAAAGUAUACUCAAAUAUAUGUUUUUGUAAUAAAACAUGAAUUGAAUAUGGAGUAUGUCAGUUUGAAUAUAGAGUAGAUCAGAUUCCAUGUGUUUAA